GCCGCCGCCGCCUCCAUGCAGCGCCAGCCUGAGCUGCCAAGCUCGGCGGCCGCGAUGUCGUCGUCGUCCCCGGCCAGCGCCGCCAUCUCAGCCUCGGAGAAAGUGGACGGCUUCACCCGGAAAUCGGUGCGCAAGGCGCUGAGGCAGAAGCGCGCGCAGGGCUCGUCACAGUUCCGCUGUCAGAGCAACCUGCCCGAGCUGCAGCCCCUGCCCCAGCUUAAAGAUGCCUCUUCAAAUGAACAACAAGACCUUUUCUGUCAGAAGUUGGAGCAGUGUUGCAUACUAUUUGAUUUCAUGGACUCUGUUGCAGACUUGAAAAGCAAAGAAAUUAAAAGGGCAACACUGAAUGAACUGAUUGAGUAUGUUUCAACAAAUCGUGGCGUGCUUGUUGAAUCAGCAUAUUCUGAUAUAGUGAAAAUGAUCAGUGUCAAUAUCUUCAGGACUCUUCCUCCAAGCGAUAAUCCAGACUUCGAUCCUGAAGAAGAUGAGCCAACCCUUGAGGCAUCAUGGCCUCACAUACAGUUGGUAUACGAGUUCUUUUUAAGAUUUUUGGAGAGUCCUGAUUUCCAGCCAAGUAUUGCAAAGCGAUGUAUUGACCAGAAAUUUGUACAGCAGCUCUUGGAGCUUUUUGAUAGUGAAGAUCCCAGAGAGCGUGACUUCCUGAAGACGGUUCUGCAUCGAAUUUAUGGGAAAUUCCUUGGAUUAAGAGCAUUCAUCAGAAAACAGAUUAAUAACAUUUUCCUCAGGUUUAUAUAUGAAACAGAACAUUUUAAUGGUGUUGCUGAACUUCUUGAGAUAUUAGGAAGUAUUAUCAACGGUUUUGCCCUGCCUCUGAAAGCAGAACAUAAACAAUUUCUAAUGAAGGUUUUAAUUCCUAUGCACACUGCUAAAGGAUUGUCUUUAUUUCAUGCUCAGCUAGCCUAUUGUGUUGUACAGUUCCUGGAGAAAGACAUAACACUAACAGAACCAGUGAUCAGAGGAUUGCUGAAAUUUUGGCCAAAAACAUGCAGUCAGAAGGAGGUGAUGUUUUUAGGAGAAAUUGAAGAAAUUUUAGAUGUAAUAGAGCCAACACAGUUCAAAAAAAUUGAAGAGCCUCUCUUUAAGCAGAUAUCUAAGUGUGUGUCAAGUUCUCAUUUUCAGGUUGCAGAAAGGGCAUUGUACUUCUGGAAUAAUGAAUAUAUUCUUAGUUUGAUUGAAGAAAAUAUUGAUAAAAUUCUUCCAAUCAUGUUUGCCAGUUUAUACAAAAUUUCCAAAGAACACUGGAAUCCGACCAUUGUAGCACUUGUGUACAACGUCUUGAAAACGUUAAUGGAGAUGAAUGGCAAGCUUUUCGAUGAUCUUACAAGCUCAUACAAAGCUGAAAGACAAAGAGAGAAAAAAAAGGAAUUGGAACGUGAAGAAUUAUGGAAAAAAUUGGAGGAGCUAAAGUUAAAGAAAGCUUUGACUGAAAAGCAUAACAGUACUCACAGUGUGCAUAAUGCACUCAACAGUACAAGUGCCAAAUAAAUGAAAUGAUGACGACUUCUGCUCGAAAGGCAGACUUUUUGUACACACUUUUUUGAAAUAUGUAAAAAUUUGCAAAGGAAAAACCUCAACAGUAUAAUGUAAUUAAAAGGCCAAUUUUUUUUUCUGGCAUCUGUAAAUGAAAAAUUGUGGACUAAACAUAGCCAUAUGUUACAUCAUGACCACAGUAUAUUGUAACUUUUUUGUCUAAUCAUUGAUUUAUUGUGUCACUUCUGGGGUUUCACAGAAAUGAACGAAUUUUUAUUAUACCUGAGUGAGAUAAUUAUGGGAGUGGUGAGAAUUAUGACUUGAAUUUUUUUUUUUUUGAUUGUGUUGCAUUGCACAUAGAUGUAGUAGUCUGCUCUGUACAUUUUUUAAAUGUGCUUUUCACAUUGCUGCACACCUUGGUUGAGUUCUAGGAAAGGCAGUAUUUCCUAAAAUAAAACUAAGGUACAAUCCUUCCUUUCCUUUUUCCUUCCAAUAACACAAAGGGAGGAAUAGCCUAGCUUGCCCUUUACCUUUUGUCCUUAAAGAUAUUACUGUAUUCUGGAAUUUGAGUGAAAAGCUUCAAAUUUCCAGAAAAAAAAAUUGUGAUAUUUUUAAAGCACAAGUUAGAAAUAAAAGCUGGGAAAAUAAACCAAAAUUCUCCAGAAUGUUCCUUGUGGUCAGCUGGAGAACAUCCCCCUUUACCUGCCAUCCCAUUGAUGACAUUCACUGGUCAGCAGGCAGCUUUGUAGAAGUGUGAUGAUGACGUGAUCUCUGACAUUACCUCUCAUUCAUUCCUCCUCUUCCCUUCCCCAUGAAGCAUAGGGCUGAAGGCAGGGCCUCUGGAGCCCUCCCUCCAUCCCUCUCUCCAUCUUCUCCCCCCCCCCCCCCCCGAUGGAGGCUUUGGGUCCCUUGGUGUGGGGAUGCAGAGCUCUAAUGAUCACUGCCUGGCUUUAUUUAAAAGAAAUGCAGUACGCUUCCUAAAUAGAAGACUCAAGAAACUGAUUCUAGGGGGCCUUGUACAUUUUUACUUGAUCAGAUAUUUCUCACAUCUUUUGUUAUCAGAGUACCAUUCCAAUCUCUUGCAGUUGCAUAGAAAGCUGUUUUGUAAUGGAAGAUCUUCACGGGGGGAUUGAGCAGCAUUUAAUAAAGUCUAUGUUUGUAGUU